UAUUGACGUUUACACUUGAUACAAAUGUUUCUAUUCUUCCAGCCCAAGCUCCAGGUGGCUAGUAAAUACGAGCGAAGAAUUGAUCGGAGAACCUUCGGUGACAAGAAAGAACUGUUUGACGGUGGAUUUGAAGCCUCAUACCUGUCAGAGUUAGAGAAACACUGGGAUGAGAGAAUGAAAAGUUUCAAGGGACGAGGGCCCCCAAAACUCCUAAAAUGGGACCCAACAACUCCAAGAAACAAAGAAAAAACUUCUGCUCGUCGACACGAAGAAGAGGAGGAGGAAGAAGAUAUCCCAAUGCCUACCAUACCUGAGCCAGCGCAAGAAGAACCUGCUGUUGAAGAAGAAGAGGAGGAGGAAGAAGAAGAAGAAGAAGAGGAUGAAGAAGAAGAAGAGGAGGAGGAAGAAGAAGAGGAAGAAGAAUAAUCGAGGGCAAAAAAAACACAGUUUCCUGUAGUUCAAGUUGAAGAAGACCACAACUAGUCACUAGAAGCUUCCUUGUCCUGACCUGAAUAAAAAUGCUCUAGAUAAGAAGAUCGCUUAACAAGAAACGGCUUCCACAUUUUAUACUAACGCAUUUUCGUUACGAUUGGAAUUGGUUUAUAUUUUCCUAAUGACCUGCUUAUUGAUUGAAAUUAAUUACUAGAAGAUUCGUGUCUGAACACAUCAACUGUUUUUUUUUCUUAAUUUUCUUGUAUAAAAAGAAAGAAAAAAAAACUUAUCGAGCAAUCUGUCGUUCAUGACAACAAUUUUCUGGACAGUUUAAUUAAACACACUAGCAAUCAGACAGACUUUUACCAUAAAUCUGACAAGAAAUUGUGUGGUUGUAGGUCAGGAAAAUCGGAAAGUAUUAGUUUGUAAAACUUGUUAUUCAAUUGAAAUAAAAUCUACCUUUACACA